AUGCUACGAGAUCAGAGGCUUUUGCGGGAUCAAGCUGGGUGGGAGGGGGAGGGGGUUGGAGGAGUCGAGUGGGUGGAUGGCGAUGGCCUCGGCGUCUCCGUCACAAACUGGGAGUCGAGAAGGCGGAUUUUGCUUCUGUUUUUGCAUCUCAACGCGCCUCCUAUGAGUGACCCUCGCCAGGCCAGACUGAGGCGUCAGGAGAUACGCGAUGGUAAACGCCCUGCUGGUGAUACUUCUGCUAUGGCUGCAGUUUCUGCAGCUUCCUUUGCAGAAGAUGAGUCUCUAUCGAUGCCUCCAUCUCGGUACUAUAUGCAUCAGCCCAUACUUCGUCAACUGUUGUUCAAACAGCUGUCUCUAACCUUCCACAUUCUGUUGCUUCUUUCCCUCCUGGCCCCGGCACCAAUCCUGCCUCUUUUCAACUGCCUCCACCACCUUAUGUCCGUGUAUCUGAAACAUAUCCAGGCCGUUCUUACUAUGGUGGCCCAGAUUAUGAGUGCUCUGCAUGCGGAGCUAUUUUCUGGUAUCAAGAGAGAUGCCAUAGUAUCCAUCAAUACUGGUGACGGCCCGUAUGUCUUCAGAAUUAAUGGAGUUGUUCACCAUAAAAUUGGUUCACUGGUGCCCCCUGCAGGCCAGCGCCCUCAAUUUGCUCAGCUCUACAUAUAUGAUACUCCUAAUGAGCUACAGAAUCGUUUAAAUAUUUCUGAAUAUGGUGGGCCUGCUCGUGACCAACCUGAUCCAUCCAUUGUCCAAAACCUUAUCCAUAUGCUUGAUCAGUAUAAUCCUUUGGUCAAGAAAUUCAGGAUGGCACGUGAUCGUAUAUUUUCUCCGGAGUCUCCAGAUGUACAUAUCCGUCUCCUUGGCACUUCUAAUGACCAUGGUAAUCGUCAUUCCAUACCAACUGUUCCGGAACUAGCUGCUCUCAUUGUUGCUGAUCUAACUAUAGAAGCAUGUGACUUUGAUGUUGUUGUGCACACACACCCGGGCGCCCUCCAGCAAGUUAACCUUUUGAAUCCAGCACUCAUGUCCUUGCAAUAUCCGCUUUUGUUCCCGUUUGGUGAAAGGAGCUUCCAUCUAGGUAUCAAGUAUUGUCAUCUUGACGGAACAACUCCUGGUGGCCGUGAAAAUGUUACAAUGAAGGAAUUCUACUGUUAUCAGGUCCAUUACCGUCAAGGAGAACCUAAUCCAUACACAUGUUGUGGGCGCCUCUCUGACCAAGCAAUUGUCAAUUGUUAUUCAUGUAUCGAAGCUAGCAGGUUGCAAUUCUUUUACUUCAAUCAGGACCUUUUGCGAUCUGAAACAUAUCAAGGAAUUACCGAUGCUUUAGGCCAGGGCUGUUCAAAUGGGAAGAAUAUAGGCCUCAAGUGGAUGCUUCCGUCCAGCCAUGUGGGUAGUCCACGAUACCUAGCUAUGAACUAUCAAGAUGCAAUGGCUAUUUGCCGACAGUAUGGAUCUCCUGAUAUUUUUACCACUUUCACAUGCAAUCCCAAAUGGCCGGAGAUUGCUCAGGCUCUCAAAUAUGAACCAGGUCAGCAACACACAGAUCGUUCAGAUGUGAUUUCACGCGUAUUCCAUAUGAAGCUAGAUGAGUAUAUUUCUGAUAUACGAGAUGGUACAGCCUUUGGACCUAUUCGAGCAUGUAAUGUUCUAUCCUCUCUUUGUACAUGCUCCUUAUCAUUUGCAUUCUCCCUGCUUAUUCCAGAAUUCUUCACCUUGCUUUCUUCAUGUACAGAUAUGUACACUAUUGAAUUCCAGAAAAGAGGGUUGCCGCAUGUUCACAUACUUGUGUGGCUAACUGGCCAUUCUUCAGAUCCAUCCCCGGCUUUCAUUGAUACUCUAAUAUCUGCUGAACUUCCAGAUCCGCGCUCUGAUCCCCUUGGCUAUGGGCUGGUCCAGGAAUUCAUGGUGCAUGGCCCAUGUGGUCCUAUGAACCUUCAUUGCUCAUGUAUGAAAGAGGGUGUCUGUUCUAAGAGGUUCCCCAAAUCUUUCAAUGCUGAAACUUCUAUUGAUGAAGCGGGCUUUCCUCAAUACCGCCGCAGAGAAAAUGGAUUAACUGUUAAUAAAGGACGGUAUGAUCUUGAUAACAGAUGGGUUGUACCGUACAAUAUGGCCAUCUUGAAGAAAUACCAGGCCCAUAUCAAUGUUGAAUGGUGCAACAAAACUAAUUUGGUCAAGUACCUCUUCAAAUAUGUGACCAAAGGACAUGACAAAGCUACGUUUGCUUUUGUUGAUACUCCUGCAGAUCCUACAACUGACUCUGAAGGAAGAGAUGAAAUUUCUGAACAUAUCAGAUGCAGAUACUUAUCCUCCUGUGAAGCCAUGUGGCGAUUACUAGGUUUUGAAAUACAUGGUCGUAUGCCUGCAGUUGAGCGCCUUGCUGUUCAUAUGCCUGGUAUGAACAAUAUUAUAUUCCAUGAGGAGGCUGAUCUUGCAGAUGUUAUUGAAGAUCCUAGCAGACAUAAAACCACAUUAACCGAAUGGUUUAUAGCCAACCAAAUGUAUCCACAUGCAAGACCUUUCACAUACUGUGACUUCCCUACCUAUUAUAGAUGGGAUCCUGAUCAAAAGGCUUGGUUUACAAGAAAAAGAUCCCCAAAGAUAGGUCGCAUCUAUAAUGUGCACCCAAGCACAGGUGAACUGUUUUAUCUGAGAAUGCUUCUCAUGGUUGUCACCGGUGCCACCAACUUUGCCAACCUUAGAACAUACAAUGGAAUUGUAUAUGAUACCUUCAAAGAGGCAUGCCAGGCUAGAGGAUUAGUCGGUGAUGACAGCGAAUGGUAUAUGCUAUUUGAUGAAGCUAUUAUAUGGGCAUCUCCUCACCAACUAAGACACCUGUUCCUCAUUGUAUUGGUUUUCUGUGAUGUUCUUAAUGCUAGGAUGUUGUUUGAAAAAUACUGGAAACAUCUUGCUGAUGAUAUCGCUUAUCAAAUCCGUCUGUGCUUACGCAAUCCUAGAUAUUGUGUUCCAGACUGCCACCUGCAGGCACAGCUCCUCUCUGACUUAACUAUUUUAUUUUCCAAAGCUGGUGCAAAUCUAUCUUCAUACAACAUCCCUUCUCCACCAAUUCCUCAAUCCUUUGCAUAUGGCAAUAGGCUUAUUUCUGAGGAGUUAGCAUAUGACAAGCCACUUCUAGAAGCACAAUCCAUUGCCCUUGCAUCUACACUAAAUCAAGAACAACGGCUUGUGUACGAUAAAGUUAUUGCUUAUGUUAUUUCAAAAGAACCUGCCGUCUUCUUUAUUUCUGGCCAUGGUGGCACAGGAAAGACUUAUCUCUGGAAUGCCAUUAUAGUAAAACUUAGAGCUGAAGGUGAGAUAGUACUAGCUGUUGCUUCUUCUGGGGUUGCCUCUCUUUUAUUACCCAGUGGUAGAACUGCACAUUCAAGGUUCCGAAUACCUCUUGACAUAAACGAGCGUAGUAUGUGCAGCAUUAGGCGUGGGACUAUGCUUGCGGGACUCAUCAGUAAAGCAUCAUUGGUAUUAUGGGACGAGGCACCUAUGACUCAUAGACGCUGUUUUGAAGCACUGGAUCGCACAAUGCGUGACAUCCUAUCAGCUGAUAACCCUUCACUUGCUGCUGUUCCUUUCGGUGGAAAAUUGAUUGUCCUAGGUGGUGAUUUCAGGCAGGUCCUUCCCGUUAUUACAGGAGGUACCAGAUCUGAUAUUGUUAGUGCAGCCCUUGUUAUGUCACCAAUUUGGCAGCAUGUCAUGGUCCUCAAGCUGUGCACGAAUAUGAGACUCACAAAUCCUUAUUUAGAUGAUUCCCAAAGAGAUACGCUCACUGUUUUUGCUCAGUGGGUCCUUGAUGUUGGUAACGGUGAUGUUUCCAUGGCAAAAAAAAAAUUGUGA